AAAGAAAAGGAAAUAGGUUCUGGGUAUCCUCACGGUCACAUUGCUAGCCUUUUCCCCAUCUCUUCAUAUUUCUCUCUCCACUCUUCGUUUGUUCGGGCGCUGCUGCACCUGCAUCUAUAAUUUCAUUUUUUGUAGUGUUUUAGUAAUGGGUUUAGUGUUCAGAAGCAACAGCGGAAGCAUGAGAUACUUUUCGACCCACUCAAACUCACACUCUCACUCGCAGUGCUUACCUUCUCCUCUGUUAUUCCGGUCUUCUCUCCCACUGCGCUUCAACGUACACUCAAUGGCGGUGAAGCCCAUCAAAAGAGUUCGCUGUGAGCUCCAAGCCAAAGUCAAUGGUGCUCUUUCUGCUGACUCCGACCCCCGCUUCAUUGACCGACAAAAAGCACUGGAAGCAGCAAUGAAUGAUAUAAAUAGUUCAUUUGGAAAGGGUAGCGUUACAAGAUUAGGUAGUGCUGGUGGAGCUUUGGUUGAAACUUUUCCCAGUGGCUGCUUGACAUUAGACCUCGCCUUAGGUGGUGGCCUUCCAAAAGGGAGAAUUGUAGAGAUAUUUGGACCAGAAAGUAGUGGAAAGACCACUCUAGCACUCCAUGCAAUUGCAGAGGUGCAGAAGCUUGGAGGAAAUGCUAUGCUUGUUGAUGCAGAACAUGCUUUUGAUCCAGCAUAUUCAAAAGCACUGGGGGUAGAUGUAGAAAAUCUGAUUGUCUGCCAGCCUGAUCACGGCGAAAUGGCACUUGAGAUUGCAGAUCGUAUGUGCAGAUCUGGUGCCAUCGAUCUUAUCUGUGUUGAUUCUGUCUCGGCUCUCACUCCACGAGCAGAGAUUGAAGGUGAGAUUGGUAUGCAGCAAAUGGGUUUGCAAGCACGCCUUAUGAGCCAAGCUUUGCGCAAAAUGUCAGGAAAUGCGUCUAAAGCUGGAUGUACUCUAAUAUUUUUAAAUCAAAUAAGAUAUAAGAUUGGUGUAUACUAUGGUAAUCCAGAAGUGACAUCUGGAGGAAUUGCAUUAAAAUUCUUUGCCUCAGUUCGGCUUGAAAUACGUUCUACAGGGAAGAUAAAGUCUGUAAAGGGAGAUGAAGAAAUUGGGGUUCGGGUUCGUGUAAGAGUGCAAAAGAGUAAGGUAUCAAGGCCAUACAAACAAGCUGAAUUUGAAAUUGUUUUUGGAGAGGGAGUUGGUAAAUUGGGCUGCAUUUUGGAUUGUGCUGAAACGAUGGAUGUAGUAGUGAAGAAGGGCUCUUGGUAUAGCUAUGGGGACCACAGGCACACAAACUCCCACUCUUCCCCUUCAGAACCAUAUUUGAAGACUUUUUAAGUUUGGAGCAGUGUCCUAAUUCCCAGAAAGUGGACAGGGAAAGCACAUGCAUGAUUCAUUCUCCUAUCAGACAAAAUAAAAGUAAUGAAACCCAUGAUGGCUACUGCAUACCUCCUUUUAAUUUCUUCACAACGAAGUCCUUUGCUUUUGGAAAAAUCAACCAUUUCCCGGCUUGAAUCUUGUUGAAUCUAUAUACACAUGCAGUCCCAUAUACCAUGAUGUUCUGAAAACAAAUUGCCCAAGUCAAAAACAGAUUUCACUACAUUUGAAAGUCUUUUGAGCUCACUGAGUUCCCUGCCAUCAUAGAGAUAUUAUCCAGAAUUCAAUCCUUUUUAACAUUAUUUAACCUACCAGUAAAGCAUUUUAUUAUUUUCUUGUGCACAAGAAUAGGCAGAAGGUGUAGGCGCCUUUGGUUUCUAUAUAUUCACUAAAAAAAUGACAGGAUGUUUUAUAAAAUCCCUUAAAUUUUAGAUAGCUACUAGGUGAGAUGAAAGGAGGAGAUUUACCUCCUACUCUGUGCUAAGAUUCUCAUUCGUAAACCAGAGAAUGUGAUUAGACUUCAAGCUUUUAUUCCCCCUAACUACUCUUUUGUUCAUGCAAGGACCUUAUUUAUUUGUUUUAGAAUAACUC